UUGUUGCACAUGAGCAUGGAGUAAGAUGGAAGCUACACGCGCAAACUUUACAGAUGCGCAAUGUGACCAGCGCUGCCGAGUGAAGCAAGCUCCAGAGUGAAGAGAAACUGAUGGACUGAAUGGACGACGGCAUGUUUUCUGGUCAGGCUGGUCUGAAUUACAGCUUCAACCUGAGCGAUGACCGAGAGUUGCUGGAUGCGCAGGCGGGCUCGGCGAAGCUCUCCCCGGCGGGCUUUGUGGUGCUGUCCGUGGUGCUGGGCUUCAUCAUGACUUUCGGCUUCCUGAACAACUUCAUUGUGUUGCUGCUGUUUUGCAAAUUCAAAAAGCUGCGGACACCGGUGAACAUGCUGCUGCUGAACAUCAGCGUGAGCGACAUGCUGGUGUGUUUGUUCGGCACCACUCUCAGCUUCGCCUCCAGCAUCCGCGGAAAGUGGCUGCUGGGGCGCAGCGGCUGCACCUGGUACGGCUUCAUCAACUCUUGCUUUGGUAUAGUUUCGCUGAUCUCUCUGGUGAUCCUCUCCUACGACCGCUACAGCACCCUUACUGUUUACAACAAGCGUGGGCCAGACUACCGUAAGCCCCUAAUAGCCGUUGGGGGCUCUUGGCUGUACUCCUUGUUCUGGACAGUGCCCCCCCUACUGGGCUGGAGUAGCUAUGGCAUAGAGGGGGCAGGAACAAGCUGUUCUGUGUCCUGGACUGCUAACAGUGCCCAAUCGCACGCCUACAUCAUCUGCCUCUUCAUUUUCUGCUUGGGUCUGCCUGUCAUAGUGAUGAUCUACUGCUACAGCAGAUUGCUUUGGGCAGUCAAACAGGUGGGUAAGAUCCGAAAGACUGCAGCCCGGAGGAGAGAAUACCACAUUCUGUUCAUGGUGCUGACCACUGCAGCCUGCUACCUGCUGUGCUGGAUGCCUUAUGGUGUUGUGGCAAUGAUGGCAACAUUUGGCCCACCCAACAUCAUUAGCCCUGUGGCCAGUGUAGUUCCCUCACUGCUCGCCAAGAGCAGUACCGUCAUCAACCCCCUCAUCUAUAUACUUAUGAACAAACAGUUUUACAGGUGUUUCCUGAUUCUGUUUCACUGCGAUUGCUGGUCAUCGGAGAAAGGCGACACCUCGAUGCCGUCCAAGACUACGGUAAUCCACCUUAACCGGCGCGUCUACAGCAACACGGUGGCCUGCACUGCCCAGAUCUCCACCGAAGCUCUCAACCAGUGCUACAGCACCGCAGACACCAAGCACACAAACCCUCCAGAGGUCACCCCCUGA